CAGAGCCCCGCCCUCUCCUCCCCCCUCCCGGUGUCGGGUGUCCCCUCGGUUCUUCCAGACAUUUCCAGGUCGGUGUCUGGCGUCACCUGAAGUCUGUAGAUAAAGUGUGUGGGCAUCGGGAUGGCACACCAGCCUCUUACCAGGAGCACCAUGAAGUCUCACCUGUCCGGAGACCCGCUGCCACCCGGCUGGGAGAUCAAAGUGGACCCGAACACCGGCUGGCCCUUCUUUGUGGAUCACAAUAACAGGACGACCACCUGGAGCGACCCCCGAAUACGGGACAAGAUGAACCAACCAAUGGCUAAUGGUCCACCCCAGGAAAGUCCAAGGCAAAGCAACAUCUAUUACCCUCAGCUUAGGCCUGGUUACAUCCCAAUUCCAGUUCAUCAUAACGGUGUGGACAACCAACAGCAAUUUCCAUGCUACUACCUACAACAGCCAAGCAAGCAGAGAGUCAAAUGUGAGCCUGCCAUGCGGCCACAGUCUCCCAUGACUGGCUUUAAUCGCCCUCAGUCUCCCGCCUGGACCUCGCCGGAACCUCUUCAGACCGAAAGACCGAGCAGCCAGCACUCUGGGUCUCCACAAGGACAAUCGCCACCUCCUUCUGUCGCAGACUCAAGCAGCCUGUCGCAGUCUCCUGGCAGGCAGGGCCCCGUGAGAACAAAUUCUGGAAGCCACCAGUUGCCACGUGGCUAUAUUCCUAUACCGGUGAUCCAUGAAGGAAAUGGGGCCCGUCAGUCUCCUCAGAAUGUCCAGCAGGCACAGAAGUCGAUCUACCCACAGCCUGAUGGCCACUCACACCAGCCAGUGUUCCAUAGAAUCCAGGAUGAAAGAGACUCCAAGCAGCCGGUGAAAGGAAGAACGAUGUCUAGCCGAGAGAGUUCUCCUCCCAGAGUGAGCUCCCCAUCUCCGAUUUCUGCUCGAGUUCAGCAGAUCCCUGUGCAACGGAUCUCCCCUUCAAGAGUUCAUAUGGAUAAUUCUCCCACCACAGUCCCAGUGCAGAUGGGUUCUCCCACCACAGUCCCAGUACAGAUGGGUUCUCCCACCACAGUCCCAGUGCAGAUGGGUUCUCCCACCACAGUCCCAGUGCAGAUGGGUUCUCCCACCACAGUCCCAGUGCAGAUGGCCUCUCCCACCACAGUGCCUCUGCAGACAAGAUCAGCCACCCCAACCUCAUCGCAAAUGAGAUCUGCUACAAUUGACUCAACCCAGACUACUUUCCCAACUCCCACCCUACACCAAGUUGGCUCUGCCACCACCACUAGCCCAGUCCAGGCAGAACCUGCCAGUAUAAGCUCAGUUCAGACUGGUCUUGCCACCGAUACUCCAAGCCAGUUUUCAAACACUGUGCCAACUCAAACUAGCUCUGCUGAGGUAGAAUGCAAACCAUCAUAUGCCCAGAAAGAAGUCAAGGAUGAAAUGCAGUCUUCAAAUGUUGUGGAGGAAAGACCUGACUUCAAGGAGACUCUCCAUGAAAAAGAAGCUGAAGAAGCAGAAUCCCAAGAAAAGCAUCCUGGAGUGCUGCAGGUGGAGCGGAUAUUAGGCAGGGUGCAGGCACUGCAGGAGGCAGUUUCCAACUUCCGGGGCAGUAAAAAUAAAAGGUAUCUGAUGCUGGAAGAAUACCUUACCAAAGAGCUACUGGCCCUAGACUCAGUAGACCCUGAAGGCCGUGCAGAUGUUCGUCAAGCAAGGAGGGAUGGUGUCAGAAAAGUCCAGAACAUUUUGGAGGCUCUGGAACAGAAAGCCACUGAUAGCAAAGCUAUGGACAUGCCUGCAAGCUCACAAGAUUCAGUGGAGGGUGACGGCAUAACUGGUGUGCUGGAGAAUGCCUCUGUACCCACCACUGAUGCGCAUUAGCUGCUUGGAGUGUGAAAGUUUACAGACUUUGCGAUCGCUGGUUUGGUUUGAAUUUUACAGUCGAAGAAGUGCAUGCGCUUUUGUUUCCUUCAGACUGCUGAUCUUUUUCUGCACCUACCAGCAUGUGGACAUGAAUGAAUGAAAGUAAAAUUGUUCGAAAUCAGUAAUGAUGCUCUUAAAGUGAAGCGUUUAAUAAAAAGUUGUGUGUUCCUUUUGA